AUGGAAAUGUACGCCCACAAACCCCUACCACCACUGCCGCUCAACCUGCGUUCGAGUCGCCCGGGAAGCCGGUCAUCGGCCGCCCCGGCCGAGUCCGUGAGUCAGCUGUGGGGGCUUAGGAAGGCGUCCAAGACGCCAGAUCCAGAAGCGUCCAGACCUCGCCAUGCGCCCGCCUUUGGGUCGUGCCGGACGAAUUCCCGGCGACGCUCCUCGUACAAGGUGCAGCAACUCACGGGCUACGACGUGGACAUUGCCGACGACAGCCCGCCCGACUCGGACUGUUCGAGCGUGUACAGCCUGGAAUGGGCCGACGACGGCUACCACCUCGUGCCUGUGCUCGAGGCCGACAGCGGGGACGCGCCGAGCAGCAGAGGCAGCUCAUGGGCGCCCAUGUCGCCGCAGUCAGGGCCUUCAGGCUCGCCCCUGAAUGCUGGCAAACCCGUCAUCCGGUCCGGCAGCGACGCAAGCCUCGGCGGUCUCCUGGUCAGCUCGGAAGUUCAAAGGGCGCUGGGCGAGGAGUGGAUGAGGCGCUGGGACCCGUCGUACGGACAGUUUAGCGACAGCAAGGCGGCCGGAGAGUACCACCGGAUCGCCACCGAGAUCGCCGCGCGGCACACGGGCCGCAGCACCAGAGAGAGCCCCGUGCCGGUGGCGGCGGCAGAAGCACGGCGCAAGCGGCCCUCGCUGAGCGUCAACUUUGGCAGCGGAGCCAAGUUUUCGCCACGACGGCGCAACGCGUCGCAUCCCGUGGACCCUAGCUCGGCCGCCAAGCAGACGAGCGGCACAGAGGCGGCCCUUCCGGCGACGCCGCCCUCGCCACAGCGGACGCCGGUAAGCGCCUUUGACAGCGACUCGUCUGACGGGGAGGCGCGGGCGGCGGGCGGCAGCGGGAUCCGAGAGUGGUUCGGACGGAGGAGCGACGAGGCGGGAGCGACGGCUGACCGGCCCAGCCCGCACGUGUACUGGAAAGGGCAACAGGACGAGGCGGCCCCGCGAACGUCCAAAGCCGGGGAGCAGGUGAGGGAAUUGCUGCACCAUGCCAAAGACAGGGCGAGGCUUCUACACAUGCCGCGAGAGGAGCGGCGCAGAGGAGAGCUGCGGCGGUAUAUACGAAGGAUUCCGUGCUGA